ACUAUAUCAGUGACGGGCGUAGGUCUGCAUGUCACUUAAACUGAUAAGGGACUAGUGAGACGACGAUGUGCUACCGGGCUGUGCAUCCCUGUGCAUGGCGGAGCUACAAUGAGGAGGAGCUCUGCGUUCUGCGCUUUGUGAACCUGGAGGCUCAUGAGAACCAGAGGGCCCACCACACGCUGGGCCUGGGCUCCCAGGGCCUGGGCUCCCAGGACCUGGUGCUCCGGCGUGGGCAGCCCUUCAGGCUCAUGCUGCUGUUCCAGGGCCGGGCGUGGAGCCCCCGCACCGAGGGCCUCGUCUUCCAGGUCCUCCUGGGCGGUCUAGUGGAGACGGUCCCAGUUCAGUGGUCCAGGAGUUGGUCGCCCGGCCCCGGCUGGUCGGCCCACUGCUCCCCCGGGGACGUGCAUCCCAUGUCAGCCACCAUCCAACUGUGCUCCCCUGCUUCGGCCUCCGUGGGCCUCUACAGGCUGGCGGUGCAGAUCGAGAGCCCAGCGGGCGACCGGCACUACGUGGUGGGCAGCUUCGUCCUGCUCUGCAACCCCUGGAGCAAAGAGGACUCUGUGUACAUGCCCCUGGAGCCUCUCCUCCAGGAGUACGUCCAGAGCGACUGCGGUCUGGUCUACAUGGGGACCCCCCACAACGUCAGCAGCCGGCCCUGGGCCUUCGGCCAGUACGAGCCCCUGGUGUUGGAGGCGUGUCUGAGCCUGCUCCAGGUGAGUCCUCAGCACCUGCGUAGCGAGCAGGUGGACUACGUGAGGCGCUCGGACCCCGUCUACCUGAGCAGGGUGGUCUGUGCCAUGGUGAACUGUAACGACGACCGCGGCGUGCUCCAGGGGAAGUGGGACGGGCGGUACGGCGGGGGCGUGGCGCCCACCGAGUGGAACGGCAGCGCCGAAAUCCUGACCCGCUGGGCCGGCUCCGACUUCAGGCCCGUCCGCUACGGCCAGUGCUGGGUGUUCGCCUGCGUCCUCUGCACAGUGAUGCGGGUGCUGGGGGUCCCGUCCCGCGUGGUGACGGUCUUCAACGCGGCCCAUGACACCAACGGGAACCUGGUGAUCGAGGAGGUGUUCACCCGGCGGGGGGAGAAGUGCCCGCGGCGCUCCAGGGACAGCGUCUGGAACUUCCAUGUGUGGGUGGAGUGCUGGAUGGAGAGGCCAGACCUGGGCUCCAGGUUCGGGGGCUGGCAGGUGCUGGACCCCACCCCCCAGGAGAGGAGUGCAGGGGAGUUCUGCUGCGGGCCGGCCCCGGUCUGGGCGGUGCGGCGUCGGCGGUGGGGGGUCCCCUACGACACGGCCUUCGUGUUCGCGGCGGUGGACGCCGACGUGGUGCGGGUGAUCCUGGACCGGGACGGGGUCCUCGGGCGGUCGGUGGACCGGACCUCCGUGGGGCAGCUCGUCUGCACCAAGACCCCCGGGGCCGACCGGCCGGAGGACCUCACGCGCCUGUACAAGGGCCCCACCGGGGCCAAGCGAAAUCUCGAUUCUACGGCUAAGUGGGCAGCUGAAACAGGUUAGCACGCUAAAGACAUUAAUACAAGUUCCCGAGACUUUGAGGUCACACUUUCACGCA